UCCUCUGCUUCUUCUCGACGUGAGGCCGACUUGAAGGGAACGUUCUCGAGAAGGAAUAGAAAUAGGAGCGGGGAGUACAAACUGCAAGUACCCCAUACAGCUGCCUCAGGAGCAGUGAAGUGUCUUCAUGGCAGUUCGUCGAGGACACAAUAAGUACUUUAAAGCUGACUUGCAGGACGUGUAUGAGAUGUCGAACGGUUAUGAAGAUCACAUGGGAGGGGAUGAGGCGAAGGAUGCAAAGACUAACCUGAUAGUGAACUACCUGCCUCAGAGCAUGACUCAAGAUGAGCUGCGAAGCCUCUUCAACAGCAUUGGAGAGGUCGAGUCGGCCAAGCUGGUGCGAGACAAAAUGGCAGGCCACAGUUUAGGGUACGGAUUUGUUAACUAUCUUAACCCUAGUGAUGCAGAAAGAGCUAUCAGUACUCUGAAUGGACUAAGGCUACAGUCCAAAACUAUCAAGGUUUCAUAUGCACGGCCCAGCUCUGACACAAUAAAGGAUGCAAACUUGUAUAUCAGCGGUCUGCCCAAGGCCAUGACUCAGAAGGAUGUGGAAGAAAUGUUUUCCCGCUUCGGGCGUAUCAUAAAUUCCAGAGUACUUGUUGAUCAGUCUUCAGGUACGACAGGUGUGUCCCGCGGCGUGGCUUUUAUCCGGUUUGACAAGCGAGCCGAGGCCGAAGAAGCCGUCAAGAGCCUGAAUGGCCAGAAACCGCCCGGCGCCGCCGAGCCGAUCACGGUGAAGUUUGCGGCCAACCCGAACCAGGUGAAGAACACACAGCUCAUCUCUCAGCUCUACCACAAUCAGUCGCGGCGCUUCGGGGGGCCGCUCCACCACCAGGCACAGCGGUUUAGGUUUUCUCCGAUGGGCGUUGACCACAUGGGGGGCAUGGGAGGCGUGAACGUUCCCGGGAACUCCUCCUCCGGCUGGUGCAUCUUCAUCUACAACCUGGGCCAGGACGCGGACGAGAGCAUCCUGUGGCAGAUGUUCGGCCCUUUCGGCGCAGUCACAAAUGUCAAGGUGAUCCGUGACUUCAACACCAACAAGUGCAAGGGCUUCGGCUUCGUUACCAUGACAAACUACGAGGAGGCGGCCAUGGCCAUAACCAGCCUGAACGGGUACCGGCUCGGAGAUAAGAUACUGCAAGUGUCCUUUAAGACUAGCAAGGGCCACAAGUAGAGUGAUUUGGACAAUGGGUGUAGAGGGGUGCAGUAAACAUGCUGUGUCAGGCUUUUUUUUUUUCUUUCUCUCUCUCUCUCUUUGUAGAAAGGUAAAUUUAAAUGCCAAAGGCUGGCACAUUUUUGGUUUAAUCAUAUUCAGAGUAAACUGAGAAUUUCAGUCUUCUGCACCUUUGUACUUGUCUAAAAACUGUCUAUUUUUUUUUCUUGUCUGUGUUGUUUUCCAGUAUCAUUCUACUCUUUUUGGAGGGUAUUAUUGUCACUCACUUUCAGUUUAUUUUGAGUGCAUAAAGACGUAAUCCCACAGAUAGACUUUUGAAAUUGUUCUCUGAAGCUAAAAUACUGUUAUGUUAUAUGUGUUGCAUGAUUCUCAUUUAGGAAAGCAUGAGGACGACAGAGGGCUCAUUACUGGGCAAAGAUGAUUUAAACAGGAAACCUGCGAGUUGUUCAAGGCAAAGACAAUUCGGUGGUUAAUAUAGAGCAAAAAGUAAAACCCAAUCUGAUCUGUUCACGUAGAAACGGAUGCCUUAAAUUGUUAUAAAUCGAAAACCGAUCUGUUUGGCGUAAAAGAGCAAAGCACUUUUAACCAGUUAUUGUUUGAAGUUGCUCUGGUUACCGACCUUUUUGAUGCUAACGUAAAACAUUAGUUCAUCGUCUGACCAACAUUUUAACUACGAGUAGCUUAGAAGCAAAAAUCCUAUUUGCUUUGGUACCCCUAAAAGUGUAUUUUAUUCUUUGUUGUAUUACAUGAGUCUUGUUUUAAAAAAAUAAAAGUACAAUAAAUAAGACUAAAAACGGACCAAAGCCAGAGAUCUAACAAAUCAAGAUUUUUCUAAUGUGAUUUAGUAAAUUAAUAUUUUGGAUUCAUUUUUUUCCAAGCGGUACUGACGUCUCUGAUGCUUGCUGACAUCAACCCCCUGUUCAGUUCUCCUGUUUUCUUUUUGUUUGUUUCCUUUUCAGUUAUUUUCUUUUGUUUUAGUUACUUUUCUUUGUAGAGAGCUACGUUUUUGUUUCAGUAUAACUUGCAAAGGAGAGCUCAUCUUAAAUUUGUAGGAAACAUUAAUGGCCUUUGUUAAUUUAGGUUUGCUUUUGUUUGUUUCUUUGAUUUUUGAUUGUUUCAUUAUAAAUAUUAAACCAUUAAAUUUUCUUUCGUUUUGCUGAA